CAAGGCAACAAUGACAUCAGUCUAUCGAGUGGUAAUCGGCGAGUGGUAAUCGGCGUGCCCAGCUGCUACUCACGCUCCUCGUCGACUCCACUCUCGUGUUUUUGGCCAUGCCUUCGGCAGUUCGACAGUGCGUGCCAAAAUUAGGCACGUCUGAAAACAUAGGUGCUAUACGAAAAUAGGCGAAUGGUCAGCUGGCUUUAUGUAAAAGCAGGCGGAGUCUCUCGCUCUGACUCUGGGCGGGUGGCCGAGCAACCAUCGCCUCGCGGGAAAAUUUAAAAUCUUGCCGGCGAAGCCCAGCGACCGACCGACUGGCCGACCGGCGGGCUGCCUAAGGAAUCAUUGCCCAUUGAUGGCUGCUAUCGAGUGGUAUGGCCCUCUGAUCGACCUCUCCGAUGCCGCCUCGCAUGUCGGGGAUUACGUCCAGCUCCUCGUUCUGGUGCGCGCCUGCCGCUCAUAUCAGGAGUCAAAAUCUUCAAGAAGUAAAAAUUUGUUAAGGACUUGUACUCAGGUUGGAGAUAAUACUAACCCACAGUUCAGCAUAUUAUCAUGGGAUAAGCAGAUUUUCGGCAAGAUAUCUGCUGGUGAUAUAGUUUUGAUGCAGAAUGUUCAGAUAACAACUUUUGGAGGUAUUAUGGAGGCUGUAACUCGUCAAUGCUCAUCUUUUUUGUGUCUGAUUCAUCUUCCAGAGCUGAAUUCUCUAAAGGAUGUGGAUAAACUUGUAAUGGGCACGAAGUUAGGAAGCACAACGAAGGACAAACUGAAGGUGGUUAUCAAUUGGGCACGAGAAAGCAGGAUAUAUGACUUGGACUUGUCACGCAUCCUCCAACCAAACGUGGAAGCAGCAAAGAACUGGAAGAUAAAUGGAGAAAAAGAACUAAGACACUGUACCUCUAUUUCAGAAGUGCUAUGUCUUAAUCACCCUUGUCAUGUGAAAAUUCAUGGAUAUAUUGGAGAUAUCAACGUUCAGAAGUUGGAUGGGAGUUUCUAUUCCAUUGACAAGAGAUUCUCCGAAUGGGAAAAUAAUAUUUUAGAUUGUUUAAUCUGCCAAGGAUGCAAGGUCUGUGGUGCUCCUACUGAUUCCUGUUUGUCAAGGCGACAGCCAUCAUCAUUCUACUGUGAGAAAAGCUCGAGUCAUUUUCAUGAAGUUUGUUGGAUUUACAAACCUUUUCAGAUUUAUGUUUGGGAUGACUCUGGAAAAGUGUCGUUGACUGUAAAGAACAGAGCUGCUGAAAUCCUAUUUGGGAACAUUACGGCAGAGAGUGUUAAACUAAGCUUCCAGCGACUGCUAAAACCUCAAGACUCUGAUCAUCCGAUGUCAAGUGGGUCUCGUUCUUCUAAUUUUAGGACCGCAGGCCAAUCAGCUAGUGGAGAUGAAAGUGAUAAUAACAGCCGGAGCCAGAAGGUUCAGAGCAAAGUGAACAAGAGAACAGAUUUCUUCAAGAUUUGGUUAAUAUUGCUGAAGCUGCUCCUUCUAUGUGAAGAGAACAGUCCAUUCAGAUUUGAAGUUUCUGUGAACUGUGACGAAGAUUCCGAACAUUUUGCACUUGAGUUGGUUUCUUUCUUUAUGCCUUAUGAAGUAUUGGGGUAGAUGUAUUCAUUUUCUGUCCCUUUACAUACUAAUAAUGAUUGGCGUUUCAAGGUUCUGUUUGCCUCAGAAAGGUCUUUCAAGUGACUCAAUUUUCUUCACUUGGAAAACUAGAAAUCUAGAGUAACGCCUCAGAGAAUCAUCUCAGCGAAAUAAAGCCCCACCAACCAAACGUCGGUGUAUAGUUAAUGAAACGGGGUUUCCGUCAAC